GUCAUCCUACAGCAGAAGAGAAGAAAAGCCUUGGCUUGGCUUCUGUGAUUCAAACUCGCAGUUGUGAUUGUGCAUUUGCUUUCAUGGAGAAUAUCAAUGUGGAGAUCAUUUCAAUGGACAUAAUCAAACCCUCAUCUUCUACUCCAGAUUAUUGCCAACUUUCAUUGAUCGAUCAAAUGGCGCCGCCCUCUUACAUGCCUGCCAUUUUCUUCUAUCCUCCUCAGGAAUCCGAAAAUCUCGCUCAUCAAUCGCUCAAAGCUAUCCAGAUUAGGGAUUCUCUCUCUCGAACCCUAACUCGCUUCUAUCCCUUGGCCGGAACCAUGGUCGAGCGCUUCUAUGUCGAUUGCAACGACGCUGGAGUCUCAUUUUCUGAAUCCAAACUCGAUUGCGAGAUUUCACUUCUCUUGAACAAUCCUGAAAUUCGCACUUUGCACUGUUUGCUGCCGCUGGUUUUCACCUCUAAUUCUGCAGAUUCGAAGUUUCUACUCGCCAUUCAGUUCAAUCGCUUCAGUUGCGGUGGUGUAGCAGUGGCUGUUUGUGUUUCCCAUAAGCUCGCCGAUGGGGCUUCUGCAGCAGGAUUUGUUAAAGCCUGGGCCGCUGAUGCUAGAGGAGGUAGUAACUCGAUUUUGGAGCCUAAUUUUGAUGCUGCGAAACUCUUCCCAUGUAGAAAAAUUCCAGGUUUUAAGCGAGGAAUUGAGGCUUCAAAAGAGAAGAUCUCGACUAAGAGACUUGUGUUUUCCAAAUCCGACAUAGACGUGUUAAAAUCUCUCGCUGUCAAUACCGAUGGUGGCUCCGCUGCAGAACCUCCGUCGCGUGUGGUGGCUGUUUCGGCCUUCCUUUGGCUUCGGUUAAUGGCAUUGGCUCGAACGAGACCAGUGAAAGCAAAGGUGUUUGGAGCGCUAUAUCCGGUGGACUUGCGAACGAGGAUGGAUCCGCCAUUGCCGGAAAAUUCUUUUGGCAAUGUCUCUUGGUUUACAAUAGCAACAUCCCCGGUGGAGAUCAAUGAAGAUUUACCUCUUCUGGUGGCUAAAGUGAGGACCGCUAUACAAGAAAUCGACUCUGGUUUUGUGAAGAAACUAGAAGAUUCAGAACACUUGUUGGAUUUGAUGAAGCAAGUGGACAAACAACUCUCCAGCGGAGAGAUAUAUCUCUGGAGCUUUACAAGUUGGUGUAGAUUUCCAGUUUAUGAAGCUGAUUUUGGAUGGGGAAAGCCCACUUGGGUUUGCAGUCCGAGUAGGCCUUUUCGAAACGCAGUCGUUUUAAUGGAUACUUCUGAUGGUGAUGGUGUUGAAGCUUGGGUGAACUUGAAGGAAGAAGACAUGGCCAUCUUCGAAAAAGACGAAGAGCUUCUUUCAUUUUGCUCAGAUUAGCUUUGAAUGUUAUCUGGCUUCUUUCUUUCUGUGUU